UCUGAAUUCUAAAUGUUGUUAUGACAUGGCUUAAAACGAUAUUGUUCGAUAAAAUUAUGUAAGUUGUCGACAGUAUAACUUACAGAAGACGGCACAUUUCAAGUAUAGAAGAAAAUAAAAAAUUACCUCAAAUUUUUAUGCACAAAAUCACCAUAUUUGUUCAUAUUUCAUGGUAAUCAACGUUUGAAGUGUACAUGUGUAUUUCUAUCAAAAAUGAUUUCCAAGACGCUUUUAGUUACUUUUCCUAUUCUUAUAGUCCUGUGUCAUAAAUCAUGGGCAGAAUACGCAGCACCGCCAGGUGUAAAUCCACAACUGUAUCUACAACAGCAACAAGUACCUAUUAAACAUUUACCUCCACAACAAAAUUUUCCUCAACAAGCACCUUACCAACAACCGCCACCACCACCUCAGCAGCAGCAACAGCAACAGCAACAACAACAAAAGCCGAGUCAUGGCCACAGUUCCCAAGGACAUCAUCCUCAUACUCAACAAGUAUUACACAAUUCAAACUUAGCAGAAGAAAGCGAGCAUAUAAAAAAACAUUUGGAUCUACCAACAUUAGAUACAAGCAAAAUGUCUGAACAAGAAUUACAAUUUCAUUAUUUUAAAAUGCAUGAUGCAGAUAACAAUAAUAAAUUAGAUGGAUGUGAACUUAUCAAAUCACUUAUACAUUGGCAUGUUCAAGGUGGUCAUGAUCCCGCAGCAGGUGGAGCACCUCCUCAAGAAAAAAUAUUUACCGAUGAAGAAUUGAUGCAGUUAAUUGAUCCUAUAUUAACUAUGGAUGACACAGAUUUUGAUGGGUUUAUAGAUUAUCCAGAAUUUGUUAUUGCUCAAAAUAAAGCAAGCAGUACUCAGAAACAAUCAGCAUAAGAAAAUAAACAUAAUAUUUAUAAAUUAAA